CUCCGACACAUGUUCACCCAUACUACCCACCGAAUUUGCCUUUGGACGAUACUUCUGAUUUUAUUAUAAUUCAAAGAAGAAACAUACUUGAAAAAAAGAAAAAGAAGAAACAUACGAGAGAUAUUGAGAGAAAUAAUCCGAAGAAAAUAAUGGAGCCGAUUCCUUUUUCUCUCUAAGCUGUAUUGAAAUCGAUGUUUAUGGUGGGUUCCCUAUUACGUUUCGGAUCGAUUGCAGUUUGGGUGUUUCAUAUUAUUGCCUGUAUGGGCCAAUAUUGUCUUUUGGAACAGAGCAGUUGCUGUCUUGGGUGUGACAAUAGGCCCCACCUGAUUCCCUCACUAGAGGGAUCGUUAAAAUCACAGCAUAACCACCACGCCUGGAAAAAGGCUUCAAAAUCUACUUUAUCUGAAGAUUAUUGGACGACGAGUACUUAUGAUAUGGACAAUAAUGCAUUUCAAUCUUGUGGAAGCAUCUCAUCAGCAUGUACAUUGACUCAAACCCAUGAUGUUGUUGGUGCAGGAAACUCGUAUAGAUCAUCUGACUUUGUAAAUCAUGGUCUUAUUCAAUGGAACCUGAUUAGAAAGAAAUGGGUUGGGAACAACAAGUCUCCCGGUCAAGCACAACAACAUCAUGAGCCCAGUUUAAGCACAAGACAAAAGCCAGAGUGGUCGUCGAGUGCAAGAAAAGGUUCACCUCCAUAUCUCUGUGGCGAAUGUAACAAGCGGUUCAAGUCAGAAGGGGGGUUUAACUAUCACUUGCGCAUAGAACACGCCAAAAUAUAUGCCAACAAUCUUUGGUGUCGCAAGUCUACGCACUACCAGAGAGAUUCACAAAGGCUCAAAAAUCACCUCUGCCUUACCCCUACCCCUAUUGAGCGAGGGCUAAGAGAAGACGAACGACUUCUGAAGGAAGCGGAGGAGAAGAAGGAAAAGAAACAAGAGGAACAAGAGAAGAAGAAAAAAAAAAAAAUGGAAGAGGAGAAGGCUGCCGCCGCGGCGGAGAUGAAGGCCUUGGCGCUCAAGGAAAAGGCGCCUUCUCCUCUUCCAUUUUUUUUUCUUCUCCGGUUCCUCUUGUUUCUUUUUCUUCUUCUCCUCCGCUUCCUUCCGAAGGCAUUCGUCUUCUCUUAG